GAGAGAAAUCAUGAUUUUCUCUUCGAUAUUGAUCCGCAGCGCAAAUGGACGACCAAGGCUGCUUGGACAAAUCAGAUUUAUCUCGUCCCAGGAACCACUUCGAUUCACUAAAAAUACUUCCCUUGUCAGCACUAAGACUAGAACCCUCGGUCGAUCGCAGGGUCGAGUAGUUAUUCUAGGUUCUGGAUGGGCAGGUUUUAAACUGAUGAAAGAUCUGAAUAGAAAGGACUACGAAGUAUCUGUCGUGUCUCCUAGAAAUUAUUUUGUGUUCACACCCUUACUGGCAAGCACUUCCGUCGGCACCCUCGAAUUUCGUUGUAUUACUGAACCGGUUAGAGGCUACUCACAAAAUAUUUCUUACCACCAAGCAUGGUGUGAUUCCGUCGAUCUUCAAAAUCAGGUCAUUCACUGUACCUCAAACGUCGACGGAAAUAAAGGAGUCCAGUUCUCUCUAGACUAUGAUAAAUUGGUUAUCGGAGUUGGCUCCUAUUCACAGACAUUUGGCAUACCAGGAGUUAAGGAGCACGGCUUGUUUCUCAAAGAUGUCAAUGAUGCUCGCUUGAUACGCAGCCGCGUGGUUUCAUGCUUUGAAUACGCUUCGCAGCCUGGCAUUACGGAUCAGGAGAAAGCAAACAGGUUGCAUUUUGCGGUUGUAGGCGGAGGUCCAACGGGAAUUGAAUUUUCUGCCGAGCUAUAUGACUUUAUAUCGUCAGAUAUGUCAAGGCUGUAUCCACAACUUAUGUCACAGACCCGCAUGACUUUGUACGAUGUUGCUCCAAAUAUUCUCGGCACAUUUGAUUCUCAACUUUCGGAAUACGCGCACAAAAAGUUCAGUCGUAAAGGAAUUCAGAUCAAGACGAAGCGACGUGUUUUGGAGGUAACCAAGGAUGAUUUGGUCAUUGAGGGGGAUGGAAAAGUUCCCUACGGCAUGCUGGUAUGGUCUACCGGCCUCAUGCAGAAUCCAUUGAUAGAAUCAUUGAAUGAGCUUGAAAAAGACAAAAGAAGCCAAAGACUUUUGACAGACGAACAACUACGAGUGCUUUCGAAAGAUUCGAAGAAACCUUUGAACAAUGUGUAUGCGCUGGGCGACUGUGCAACCAUAGAGGGCCUUGACUUGCCGGCAACCGCUCAAGUGGCGAACCAAAAAGCCAUAUAUUUAAGCAAUGUUUUGAACAAGCAAGUCAAGAAAGGAUCGGACUACCUUGCGAAGCCAUUCAUAUUCAAAAACAGAGGAUCCAUGGCCUACAUAGGGUCCUCCGAAGCACUUGUAGAUAUGUCAACAGUACACCAAAAGGCUAAACGCUCAGGGCACCUUGCCUGGUUACUAUGGCGCUCUGCCUACCUCAGUAUGAGUGUGAGCAUUCGGAACAAAAUGCUCAUCCCGCUUCAUUGGUUUUUGACUUGGGGCUUUGGAAGAGACAUCAGUCGAUUCUAAAGUAGGAGCCUACUUUGCGCCAAAUGCCUGUCUGUACCUGCACUAUGAAAUUUCACUUUGAGCCUACAUCACAGUAAGAAAUGCUUUAGAUAUUUCCCCCUCCCUUACAAUAUAGUCCUCCA